AUGUCUACAGACGAUAAGCCCAAGCACAUUUCCCGGCGUCGAAAAUUCCCUACGUUCAACCGAUCGACUACCUCGUCUCCGCUGCAGCAGGUAGAGGUCGACUUUUUCCAGGCCGUCACGGGCAACGAUAAUGAUGUCCACGCUUCUCCCGAGAAUGUUCAAGCCGCCCUCUGCUUGCUCAAACGAUGCGUCCGUGGCAAUUGGCCGGCUGAGUUUGAUGACGUGGUCACCGAUGAUGUCUCUGUGCAAACCGAAUCCUAUCUGAAGGCUAUCGUAACCGGCCAGAAAGUCGCCGAUACCUUUCGCAUGCAUGGCGGUCUCUCUAUCGUCCGCUUAAUCAAGCAACUACAGGCCGAUCGGGUCUUCAAAGACGACGAGGAUCUUCCUUCGAAUCUUAGUGCCCGGAGGCUAGUUUUCAACACUAUAGGCUGGAUAUCGAUGCUAUACCAACCCUCCCACGGCCUUACGCGCACCCCAGGCUCAAACAACUUCAAGAUCGCUGUCCAAAGUCGCCAGUCGUCUCUAAAAUCAAGCGUGCCGGCAGAGAAGGCCGAGCGACCAUUGGACGAACUUCUCCGAGCAUGCGCUGGCAUGUUCGCGAUUAGGUCACAGAUACAGAAGGUGGACGAGCGGAACGGAUCCCAAGACCACUUGGAGCGCAAGAUCCAGGUAUCCUAUCUCAACGCACACGUGAUGAAGACACUCGCAAACAUGGAAUUUAUCUGGGUCGACUCGAUCAGUGCACAUCUAGAUUUCGAUCCGACCACACCAUCCGUCAGUAUAUUCAGGUGUCCAUCCUUCUGUAAACUGCACCAAUCAGAGGAAUCUAUACUAGCCAAGAUGUUUGUAAAUAUGGACGAGGAGACCGAACAGCCUUCAAAUAAAUUCAGUGCUCAAAACUUUGUAGGCGAAAUGCAAGUGACAUAUCGAUUACUCUUUCGGGAUGACUCGAGGGCUCGGAAACUGUAUAUACAGCAGGAGCGGAGUCGAGCCGCCCUGGCAGUGGACGACUACGAGGCUACUGUGGACCCAUAUUUGGACGAGCUCUGUGGAAAGAAUUUACCAAACUCUUGGUGGUUCUCCCUCGGAGCUUCUGUCAGAGACUCUUACGAUGCGGAGGCCGAUUUCCCCAUAUUCAAGGACCGCCUGAAGCGCAUCCAGGACUACAUGCAUGGGAUACAACCUAAUCGCUUUACGUCAUUAUGGCGAGACCGUCGCGAUCUAAGGCUUUGGUAUACGAUAUGGACCGUCAUUAUCCUCGGCAUCAUCGGUCUGAUUGCUCAAUUUAUUGGUCUUGCACUAUCAGCUGCUCAAGUCAGCAUUGCGCAGAAGGCGUAUGCUGCUCAGCUAAAACAAAACCAGUAUACCUAA